UAUAUAUGUGUAGAUAUAAAUCUUUGUUGAGUUAUUAAACAUGAAGGAAAAUAAUAUUUUAUAAUUUUAGAUAUUUAUCUCUAUAAUGUUUCUCGUAGCUGAAGGAAUAAAAUUAAGAGUCUCAAAAACGGUUUCCAAUGGAACAGCUAAACCUGCUACUUCUGAUAAUUUUGAUGAAGAUUUGAAGUGGGUGGAAGAAAAUAUUCCCUCUUCAUUCACAGAUGUAGCUCUUCCAGUGUUAGUGGAUUCAGAUGAGGAAAUCAUGACCAGAUCUGAAAUGGCAGAAAAAAUGUUCUCUUCAGAAAAGAUAAUGUGAUUGGAACCCAUAUAAAUGAAACCCAGUUAACGGUGAAGGACUUCCUCAAGACUGAAAGAGAGCUUUGUUUUGAUCUAGUGCAACAAGUUUUUAUUGCAUUGUCUUGGAAAUCUGUGUAUUAAAAUGAAGAAUUCAGGUGGUAGGAGGUUUCUGCACCCCUUUUAAGCUACUUUAAAUGUCAGCUUAAUGUCCACCAAAUUGCCUGGAUUUGGAAAUAAUCUAAGAGAAGUAUUAUGAUAAAGAAAUAUGCCCGGAUGCUCUUAGCUAAAAGGAGGCAGGGAUGUGGAUUUGGGCUUUCUCUUUUCUCUGGAAAAUAUGGCAAUUCCAGAUUUAAAAAUAUUUUUUACGUAAACACUUCUGUUCUUCCACUCACUAACCUUUGAGGUAGAGGAUGUGAUUCUUCUGAAGUGUGGUAAAGCAGCAUCUCCAUGUCUUAGGUUUCUAGUUACUAGAUGCAAUAAUAAUAUUCUUUGACUUUUAUAUGGAAGUGAUUUGAUAUCAAGUAAAACUUGAUUAACCGUAGAACAUAAGCAUGUUUAUAGGGUUAGUUUUGGGGUGUGUGUGUGUGUGUGUGUGUGUGUGUGUGUGUGUCUGUGUGUGUACACACAUAUGGGUCUGCACAAGGUCCUUGUUUGUAAAUAUCACCAUGCACAUCAAAUCACAGAGUUAGGUCCUCUCUAAGCUCAGGGGAACAGAAGUACACAGGAAUAAGGUCUUGAAGGUCACUUCCAAGGAUUUGCCCUCCCACUAUCCCCUCAUUCAGGCCACGUGUUCACGUGCUGCUGCUGAAUCUGUGUGGGGCAGGUGGUAGACACGUGGCCAGAGGGGGACACUUUCUCCCCGGCAAGCUGGCAGAUUCGUUACCAGUGAGCCUUAUAGACCCUAGAACAUCCUUUACAUAAUCUUGGUUUAUUUGAUUUUAUAAUAAAACAUGUAUUUGUCUGUACAGUACAUCACUAUUAAUCUUGUAAUUAAUUUCUUGACCUUCGACCAUGUUUUAUACAUCAUUUUGUUACAUAUUAUAUAUGUAAUGUAUGAUUUGAAAUUUUUUUGUUUUAAUAUUUUUUUUAAUGCAGAACAUUCUAAACUUGAAAGGUAGUUGAAUGUAGUAUGAUGGAAAUGUGAAUGUUUUGCUGCUGUCAUGACCAAAGAUACAGGGGUCGCGGAAAUAUAGGAUAGGAAUUAAAGUUAGAAUUUUGCAUAUCUUUCUUUGAAGGAGUUCUAACCUUGGGAAUUGAGAAUGGCUUCAGAAAAGUUUGAGAAGCACUUAAAGUCUUAACCAGUACAAACACUUAAAUAUAACCUUUAUUAUUUUUUUCAUUAUGAAGCCACAAAAUUGUCCUUUCAAAAGCCUACUUUUUCAAUUUACUUCUCAUUUAUUCAUUUCAUAGGGAUUAGUAAGAAAGAUCGCUAGUAGUAAGAUACUUUCAGAUUUAUUUUCCAUAGGGAACACUGAACAGUUUGGGACAUGCUUCCUAGGAAAAGAGUGGCUAACAGUGUGAGUUCCAUUCCUUUUUUCUGUUUUUGACACGAUAAUGGGCCCCUACCUACUACAUUUCCCAGCAUUUGUGUCCAUUCUGGUUUUGCUGUGUUUUACCCCGGGCCCAGUUGUUGCAGGGCUGGAGGCGACCCUGCCUUCUAGGUCCUGCUUUUAUCUACCACUCCCAGAGUUAGGAGGCAGACCCCCAACUCCUCAGCUCCAGGUGAAUUUUGAAAUGCAGAGUCCUGGGCUUCCAGCCAGUAGGAGCUACAAAUGUAGCGGAGCAGGAGUGGGGCAUCGAUGUGAAGUGUGUUAAUAAGGGAGACUGCCUCUGGCAUUAACCUCAGUAGUGCGUACGAAAACACUGCUUUCAGCUAUAGGCUGAAAUGCAAACUUUUUUCAUCUUCUAGAGAAAGCAGGAUUCCCUCCUGACAACCUUAUCAGAAAUGUUUUUCAAAGGGCAUAUUCUCUGUCACUUUCAGUGACAAUUGUGGCAUCAGUUGGUGUUUAUGAUGACCUGAAUUGAGUAUUCCUAUGGAGGGCCCUCUUAGCCCCCCCAAACCCCAUAAACAGAAGGGGGUGUCCUCAGGCUACAGCUGUGGUUCGUACGAAGGGCACCGGGGAGAAGUUACAACCAGGGCUAUCGUACAGCUCGUCACCCCGCUUCUGCAACAAGUGGUCAGGAACUGGUCAUCAAAGCUUUUGAGGCUAUCAGACCAGUUUAUUCUUGGGGAGCCAACCAGAUGAAAGGAUCUGAGGGUGAGUCUAGUUUUAUGUGUUUCUAGACAAAAUGCUUACGUGUUCUAAUGCAACUCGUGUUAGAUUUAUACGAUGUGUGAAAUCUGUGUCAAAGGGAAUUUUCAUGAUUUGAGUUAGAUUAGGAUUUAAUUAUCUGCUUUAAAGGACAGUAUAUUUAUUUCAAAAAUAAGGAAAAAUAAAUGAAUGUAUGAAUUUUUUAAGCCUGAGAGACGAUGUUCCCUUACUUUUCCUGUAAAGAAAAUAAUUUUUAAAUCUUUCGUAUCCUAUAGAGAAAACCAACUUUUCCUCUGUGAUACAGUACAUUAUGUUUGCACUACCAUAAUGUCAGGACUGAGAGUAUGAAAAAUGUACACAUAAGACUGAUUUUUGUAUCUUUUUUUAAAAGGGGGUUUCAGGUGCCCAACUGGCUCAGUCAGUAAACAUGCGGCUCUUUAUCUUGGGGUCGUGAGUUCGAGCCCCACGUUGGGGGCAGAGUUUCUUUUAAAAAUAAAUAAAAGGGGUUUGAGUCUAUUGCACUAAGCUUUACAAGCUACACAUGACUAACUUAAAGGGGAGAGCUGUUGUGCUAGAUUUAAAAAUCACUAGUUUUUUCGGUACUUGUGUCCCUGUAUGGUCAACAGCGUGCACCAAGCAAUAGAGCACACCAAGCCUUAUACUUACAAAGAGAAGUUUAACAUACUAGGUAAAGUUCUAAACAUAUCAAAUGUAUAUAAGUGACAAAAAUAGGAUUUUAAGGAAAUGUACAGUAUAUACAGAAGCUCAGUACUUCGUUAAGAAACUAGGGAAACGUGUAUUUGAGGAGAAAACUUAGGGGUUUGAAAAGUUAUAUUUUUCUAUUUAAAAGGGUUAAAUUAUUGUAUAAUUUGGAAGAAGUUGCUUUGAAUGUAGGACAAAACCGUUUCAAAGAUUUUUGUUUUAAAAAGUUGAUGUAUUUUUGUGCCUUAAUAUUUGUUCUGACUUUUAAUAAAAUGCUUUCUGAAAUUCUA